AUGAAAGGAAAAGCGAAUGUGGAAUGGACCGAACACUACGGAAAAACAUUUGUAGUAUACCAUGACAAAGAGAAAUACUUCAGUAUCAAGACGUUUGUCAUCCAGGAUGGCCAAGGUAAUAAUAAUGUCACUCAAGGUUGCCACAUGUACCCCUUCACCUUUCAAAUCCCCCAACAAGACCUGCCGUCUUCAUUCAAGGACUCGUCGGGAAAAAUCAAGUACACGUUGGAGGCAAACCUGAGUAGGUCGAUGAGAGUGGACAGCAAAGCCAAGACUCAUUUUACUGUCGUCCAUAAAGGAAGCUGUGACCCGACCUUGAUGGUUCCACAACGCGACAUCAUUGAUAAGAAAAUGAGCCUAUUUUCUUCAGGCUCAGUCAGCAUGGAAGUUACUAUUGACAAAAGCUGCUUCUUCCAAGGGGAAGACAUGAAGGUGGUGGCCUAUAUUCAGAAUAGGUCUUCUCAAAGUGUCAGGCCAAAGUAUUGUUUGUAUAAAAAGUACAGUUAUUUUGCAAAAAGCGAAAGGCGAGUUGAAACCAAAAACAUCCUCAAAGAGGUGGGGGACUCCAUCCCACCUUUUACUGGUCACAAUGUCAUAAGAUUCAUCACCAUACCUCUCACUACAUGCGAAUCCAUCUUGAACUGCAAUAUCAUCAAAGCAGAAUACCGGCUGAAGGUAUACCUCGAUGUCAAGUAUGCUUCUGACCCAGAGAUCAAGUUCCCAGUGGUUAUUGUACCGGCUUGGCAGGGAUCUGAUGAGGAGCAGUUGCCCACAAAUCCUGAAUUUGAAGAAAAUUCAAAAAUGGGUGCCACAUACUUCAUACAGGAGCCAACAGCCUCACUUCCUAGAUUUUAG